CAGACUUUGUGGUGCAUCUUCCUCUUCAACUUGAGUCACGUACUGCAGAUCAAUUACAUUUGACCUUAACUCUGCCACUGUGUUUACGUAGAUAAAGUCAGCCCACAGGUUUAGUAACAGAACGCGGUAGACUUUACAGCUGUGCGAUUGACCAGGCGUGUUUGCCGGCUAAUCCAAUUGCAACAGAGCCAAGACAAACACAUUGAUUCCUCCAAAGGGAGAUGAAGGCUUUCUGGCUGACCCUCCUGCCCCUCUUCCUUCUAGGUAGCGCCCUCCCGGAAAAACAGAGCCAGUGCACAGGUAGCAUCCCACAAAUUCAGCGAGUGGUGGUCCAUGGCAAUGUUUCUGUGCCUUGUCCCUGUUUCACAGGACAGGAGAUGUCCUUCACAUUGCACAGGGGCUCAGAGAGAUUCACCGUGCACAGGAACUUCACUGAUGCCAAAGAGCCAAAUGAUAAAGAAACGAGGAUUAGACACCAUUUGACCGAGAACAACUGUACAGAGUUUGUCCUCUUCAAUGUGAUGGAGAAUCAGACGGGGCUGUAUGUCUGCGAGGCACAAAGGACCUACCCCCCUCCAAUACUGGACUCCAAAGAAUGCCCACAAACCAUAGUGAUAGUUGAAGAAGAGCAUCAGGUCCAACGGUGCGAUCAUCCUGCUGAUCACCUCUCCCUUUGGGUGGGGCUUGGGGUGCUAACAAUAUAUGGCCUGAUCAUCACUUAUGCUGCUUUUUCACUCAGGUCCCGACUGACGAGAGUGGACUUUCAUAAGCAUGACUAUAUGAAUAUGAAGCCCAAAGCACGGCGGAAGAAGCAGGGGAUCGUUCUCCCAACACGGCUGAGCUGGUACGAGGAUUCCGCAGCACCCUACAAACUCUCCACCAAACAAGUGGCGAAUUAAACUGAACUAUACUGCCAUCUACUGAAACACUUGGGUGGGUUGAUACCCUGAGACAAGUGAACAGUCUGAGUCUGUUCUAUUGUAAUUGUGCAGAUACUGUAGCAAAGCUGUAAAAUAAUGAUGGGCCUCUGGUUUUAUAUGUUUUUUUCUAUGUGGUUUGAGGGUGUUUCUCUGUAAUGUGUUAUGUCUUUUUUGAUAAUAAACAUGUGUAGGGAUAGUG